AUGGCGGACUCGGACCCUGAAUAUGACGAGCAUGCCUCAGACGAUGAUGCGAAUAUGAAUGGCGCAGCCUCUUCCGGUAGAGGCGGCGCCAUGGCUUCUCGAUCCAAGAGAAGCGAUAUGGCAAGAUGGGAGGCGUCCGCUUCGAAAAGCUGGGAGCUUCAAGAUGCCCCUGACGACGGCCUCGAAGGAAUAUUGGGCGGCGUCGAGGAGGCGGCGAAGCGGAAAAGGUAUUGUUCUAUUCCCCCGUGUGAAACAUCAAAUCUCUAACCUCUACAGGCUCGCAAAAGACACUACACCGCUACAGCGUGGUAUCAUUCGGCACACUAUCUUGAUUCUGGACCUAUCUUCUGCCAUGAUGGAGAAAGACCUAAGGCCUACGCGACACCUGCUGACUAUCACCAACACGAUCACAUUUGUCCGAGAGUACUUCGAUCAAAAUCCACUUGGGCAGCUUGGCGUGAUAGGCCUGCGUGAUGGUCUGGCCAUUCGCGUCAGCGAUAUGUCGGGAAAUCCAGCGGAUCACAUCAAUGCAGUGAGAGCUCUGCGCGGUACUGAUCCAAAAGGAAAUCCGUCUUUGCAGAACGGGCUUGACAUGGCACGAGCAGCACUUCACCAUACACCAUCACAUGGAACCAGAGAGGUCGUCAUCGUGCUCGGCGCUUUGUUGACAUCGGACCCCGGCGAUAUUCACGACACGAUCAAAGCUUGUAUCAAAGACAAGAUCAGGGUCAGUAUCAUUGGCUUGGCAGCUCAGAUGCACAUCUGUGCCGAGAUUUGUCGCAAGACGAACGCUGGCGAUGAAAACUGCUACAACGUUGCAGUCGAUGAGGUUCACUACCGGGAGCUAUUGAUGGGAAUCACCACACCACCUGUAGUCCGCGCCACAGACACUGAAGCGCAAAAGCGUAACCAAGCCGCACUUCUGAUGAUGGGAUUCCCGUCCCGGAUCGUAGAACAGAAAGCCACUCUCUGCGCGUGCCAUGGAAAUCUUACAAGAGGCGGCUAUCUCUGCAGCAGGUGCAAAUCAAAAGUCUGCAGCUUGCCAGCCACAUGUCCAACCUGCGAUUUGACACUGAUUUUAUCUACGCAUCUGGCUCGCUCUUAUCAUCACCUGUUUCCGCUACAAAAUUGGGUGGAAGUGUCCUGGGAGCGGGCACGCCUAAAGCGGACAACGCAAUGCUACGGCUGUCAGUCUUCAUUCCCAUCCGUGGCAUCUUCUCGCGACGGCGCAAAUGGAGAGUCUCAUGA